GUCUCCGCCGCUCACGCUGCCCGCCGCGACUCCAGCGGCGGCGCCGUUCCCCGGCCGCGCGGUUCCCCGACGCACGGCUCGGGCGGCUCCCGGUGCGGCGCGGCUGCCCCCGUGUUCGGGUCCCCGUGGGCCCGCGGCUCACGCCCCGGGCUGCGGGGCACGCAGGUGGGCCGGCGGCCGCUGGGAGAUAGGCCCCCGGGGGCAGCGGCGGACCAUGGCGCGGAGACCUGGCGCGCCCGCUGCCUACGGGGAGGAGUUCUCCUUCGUCAGUCCGCUGGUGAAAUACCUGCUCUUUUUCUUCAACAUGCUCUUCUGGGUCAUUUCCAUGGUCAUGGUGGCUGUGGGCGUCUAUGCCAGGCUGAUGAAGCAUGCAGAAGCAGCCUUGGCUUGUCUGGCGGUGGACCCUGCCAUCCUGCUGAUCGUAGUGGGCGUCCUCAUGUUCCUCCUCACCUUCUGCGGCUGCAUCGGAUCCCUUCGAGAGAACAUCUGCCUCCUGCAGACGUUCUCCCUCUGCCUCACCAUCGUGUUCCUGCUGCAGCUGGCUGCUGGCAUCCUGGGCUUCGUCUUCUCAGACAAGGCUCGGGGGAAAGUGAGCGAAUUAAUCAACAACGCAAUUGUGCAUUAUCGGGAUGACCUGGACCUGCAGAACCUCAUUGACUUUGGCCAGAAGAAGUUCAGCUGCUGUGGAGGGAUUUCCUACAGAGACUGGUCUCAGAAUAUGUACUUCAACUGCUCGGACGACAACCCUAGCCGCGAGCGUUGCUCUGUGCCUUACUCCUGUUGCCUGCCCACCCCCAAUCAGGCAGUGAUCAACACUAUGUGUGGCCAAAAUAUGCAGGCUCUUGACUACUUGGAAGCCAGUAAAGUCAUCUACACCAACGGCUGUAUUGACAAGUUAGUCAACUGGAUACACAGCAACCUGUUCCUGCUCGGCGGCGUGGCUCUAGGCCUGGCCAUCCCCCAGCUGGUGGGGAUCCUGCUGUCCCAGGUCCUCGUGAAUCAAAUAAAAGAUCAGAUCAAACUACAGCUCUACAACCAGCAGCACCGGGCUGACCCGUGGUACUGAGAAGCAUUCCUGGGCCGCCUGACCAUGCUGACGGGCAAGCCUCCUGGACCACCAGCAGAGGGCGCUGAGAGCCGUACCCUGUGCGAUUUGGAUUUCAGCCCCCAGCAAGGAGGGCCCAGUGGGAAGAAGACGCCAACUCCAGAAGACAGGCCGCAGGGUGGCGGCUCAGGUCUCGAAGGACAAGGACGUGCCUCAUAGCCCCCAUCCUAGCCCCGGCAUUGUUAGAGAAUUCCUUUGUCCUGUUUCUGACCUUGAACAUUGGAGUUUACGUUUUAAGUCUUGUUUGGGCGGAGGCGUGUGGGAAGCAGCAGCGUAAGCUGCGUCCCUUCACCGAGGCACAACAGACAGCUGUUAGGGCUGCUUCUGAGCUAGGUGGACAUACUCAGAGUUUGCUGCCAGGGGGACCUGGCUGUGGAGCGUGGGCGCUAGCAGCCCUGCCCGGAGUCCAGUUGGCAUAGUCCCAGCUCCAGAGGGGAAGGGAGUGGAGCCUGGGGGUUGGAUGGGGACAGCUCUGUAUAUGGGGGUAGGAGUGGAAGGGGAUAUGUUUACCAAAUGCCUGCCUUGCCACCCUCCCAGGUACUCAGAGUCAGCUACAUCCUGCCCCUCCUUCGUUUCCAUGGAAACAUGGCAGCGAGGGCAAGGGGUACAACAGCAGCCAAAUUCAUCCCCACCCCUUUCGCAAAAAAGUCUGGAACCAUGGUCCCUGUAGUCUGCAAUCGGCAGAAGCCGGCCUAAGCCAUACAAGCCCUCGAAUUCCUCGCUGUCUGGCCCUCCCUCGCCAGCAAGUGGGUUUCCUUGAACUUGGCAGAGGAACAGCAACACCCUCCACCCUCAUCCCCCUGCACCAGAACUCAGUGUUUCUACAGUGUAAGAAGCAGGAAUCUGGCAGAAAUGGCAAUAAAAGUUUGUUGACCUGG